UUAGAUGCGAAAGCAAAAAGCAACGGUCACAAGAUAUGAAAUUCGAAAUUCAAAAUACUGUGUGAACAGAAUCGUCGACUUCUUUGUUUCACUCACUUCCCAGUUUCCGACCAACAUACAGAGAAAUGGGUUGCAACGAACCUCCCUCUCCCUACCCCGAUUCUUCGUCGCUUCUCAAAGACAUUUCCAACUUCACCACCCCCAGACGCCCCCCUUUCUCUCUCACCUCCGCCAAAUCUCCCGCCACCCAAUUCUUCACCGCCUCCAAACACAGCACCUCUUCCUCCUCCUCCUCCUUCCACCGCCGUCCCAACAAAUCAUCCGCCGCCGCCGCCAAGAAGCUCAAGGCCUUCCAAUUGGAGCAGUCCCAGUCCUCCCGCAAGGCCCAAAUCAAGAGAGAACACUCCCUCAAAUCCCUCGCCAAGUCCCUCUCCGUCUGGCUCAACUUCCUCCUCCAAAACCCUACCUCCUGCGGCUGCCACCUCUCAUUCUCCAAUGCAGCCCCCGCUCCCGCCACCAAUGGCAAGCGAGACGGCCCCCCGGGAACCUCCGUCGUCGGCGUCGAUUCCACCUGGCGAACUCCCAAGCGCCAGAGGAAGACCUGGUCCACUAAGGAAAAUGCGGCCACUGCGGAGGAGGUUCAUGAUUCCUCGUUUUCGCAACUCAGAGAUUCUCUCAAGGAUGUAUGCAGUUUCGACGAUUUGAAGCAGCGAAUGAGAGUUUAUCUCAGCCUCACAGUUUGUAAAGAGAUCUUCCAACAAAUUAAUCGCGUCACCAAGACAAUUGACGAAGGAAGGCUGAAUAUGAAGGCGCAUUGCCCUAUUGUAACUGAUGUAGGCUUGAAGGAAAAGGCCACGAGAAUUCUCAUGUGUUAUAAUCCAAUUUGGCUGCGAAUUGGAUUGCAUAUACUUUUUGGUGGUGAAUCCUUGGUGUUGAAUGGUGAUGCUGAUUCUGAUCAAGAUGUUGUGUUCUUGAAAAUGGUCAUUAACAAGCUAUUUUUUUCACAUGAGAAUUUAGCUAAAGCCUAUGCUUAUAAUAAGAUGAUUGAAGGUGUUUAUCGGUUGGGUUACUAUAAGAAUUUGGGGAAUGUGAUUUUGAAGAGAAUUUUGUUACUUGUGCUUGUCCUGGAUAAAGCUAAAUGCCAGAGUUACCUCCCACUGGAGUACGGUAUUGAUGGGUUGGAUGGGGGUUCCCCUUUGUUAUUCAAACCAGAAUCCUGGAUUAAAUCAAGUAGUCAGCUGAUUCAUGAAUUUCUGUCGUCUGAUGUAAUGCACGGAGAAGGCAAUCUUCUAACACAUUUAGUGAUUUUAGGUUACAAAUUAUCUCAUCAACAGGAACCUAUUGUUGAGUAUGAUUUUAGGGUCAAAGAUUUAUUUGUAGAUCUCCAAGAUGGAUUGAAAUUGUGUAGAGCAAUUCAGCUCUUGCAGCACAAUUCUUCGAUCCUCAUGAAAAUUGUAGUUCCCUCUGAUACUCCAAAGAAAAAAUUGGCAAACUGUGGUCUUGUCCUACAAUAUAUUAGGCAUGCUGGUGGAUCAUUACUUGAUGAAGAUGGCAUCAUGAUUGUGGCAGAUGAUAUUGUUAAUGGAGACAAAGAACUUACACUUUCCUUGCUGUGGAAUAUGUUUGUUCAUUUGCAGCUACCUCUUUUGGUUGAUAAAACAAGUUUAGUUGGGGAAAUUUCGAAAAUUCGAGGGUUUGGCACGGAUCUCAUAAACAGUACGAAUUCUAGUUCUAUGGAAUUGCUUUUGAAUUGGAUUCAGGUAGUUUGUAACAAUUAUGAUUUUGCAAUUGUCAAUUUUCAUUCCCUUGUUGAUGGCAAAGCCAUCUGGUGCUUACUUGAUUAUUACUUCCAGAAAGAACUUCAUAAUUCCAGUUCAUUGAAGGAAGUUAAUAAGAAAAGUGGCAAGGCAUCAAUUAUGUCGGUGAAUGAAUAUUCAGAUGCACUAUAUAAUUUUAUAUUAUCCCAAAAGUUGACAAGGUUACUGGGGAACUUCCCAGAGGUGCUUCAAGUUAGUGAGCUACUUCAAUAUAAUGGUGCUUGCAGUGAUCGAAGUGUGGUGAUUUUGUUGGUUUUCCUAGCAAACCAAUUAUUUGUUAAGAAAAAUUUGGAUCACUUAAAUUUCCAUAAGCUCUUGGGUUAUGACUUCCAAAGUCCAAACCAUAGACAUUUGAGGAUGCUGCAGUGCCUUUCAAAUUCUGAAUCAAUACAAAAGCCUGAUGCUUCCGAUGUGCAUGGAAAUGAAGAUGCUGCAAGUAAAUUCAAGGCCAUCCAAGCUUGGUGGCAAGAUAUGGCUGAAAGAAACUGUAUCAACAAACCUGCUGUUUCUAAUUUGCAGCGAUCCACUACCACUGAAUGCAGCACCAACAUUAGAAGAGAAAAUGCUGCAAUAACAAUACAACUGCAUUUCAGAGGAUUGGUUGCACGGCGCAAGUUUCUGAAGAUGGUAAAUGCUGUUACCCUUUUGCAAACUGGUUUCAGAGCUUGGCUAAAAGUGAAGCAAGGGUCAGUCUGCAUGAUAUUAUCUACUGUUCAAGUCUGUGACUCUUCAUGUGAAAUAUUGAAGCAAUCAGAAACAUAUAAGAGAUAUGCCAUGCUUUUCAUUCAUAGACAUUCUUUUUUGAAGUUGAAGAGGUCAGCACAGCUUAUCCAGCAAGCAGUUAGGAGUUGGCUCUAUCGGAGGCAUCAGCAAGAAUGUAGUACAAGUCCUGAUCUUAUGAUUUCAGAUAUGGUGGCAGCUGCUAUUACUGUUCAGAAAUUUGUCCAUGGUUGGCUGGCACGAUCUAGAUAUAUUCAUCAGCUAGAUCAGAAAGAGAAAGCUUUAAAUUAUUCCCAACAGAAAGUCACUUUUGAUCUUCAAACAAAUGCAGCAAUUAUCAUUCAGCUUGCAUGGAAAAAGUUCAUAUGCUGCAAGUCUACUCAGAAGCAACACCUGUUUGCAACUAAAAUUCAACAAAAUUUCCGAAGGUGGUUGUUGAGAAAAAGUUUUUUAAAUCAGAUUCAAGCUGUCAUCAAAAUUCAAUCUUAUUUUCGAAUGUGGAGAAGUGUAAAUGCUUUUCAGCACUUCAAAAUUGAGUAUAAGGCAGCUGUUGCCAUUCAAUCUUACUUACGGGGAUGGUUUGCACGAAAGAAUGCUUGUGUGCGUAUGAAUCACCUGUUUGCAACUAAAAUUCAACGAAAUUUCCGUACGUGGUUGUUGAGAAAAAGUUUUUUGAAUCAGAUUCAAGCUAUCAUAAAAAUUCAAUCAUACUUUCGAAUGCGGAGAUGUGUAAUUGCUUUUAAGCACUUCAAAAUUGAGUUUAAGGCAGCUGUUGUCAUUCAAUCUUUCUUACGGUGCUGGUUUGCACGAAAGGAUGCUUGUGCGCGUAGAAAUCACAUUGUUGAAAUUCAAAGGCAUUGCCGUGGUUGGCUAGUGAAGCGGGACUUCUUGUUCCGAAGAGAUGCUGUAGUAAAGAUCCAGUGUGCCAUUCAAAGCUUGAAGUGCCAGAAGGCCCUCAAUUGCCAGAAAGAUGCCGCUUUGGAGAUUCAACGCUUUAUAAGGGGGCAUUUAACUCGGAAUCAGCUAUUAGGUUCCAAGUCACACACAGUUACUCCUAUUAGUUGCAUUUCAAGACCAUUUGGCUUUCGUAGUUUUCAACUGGAACUAUUCUUGUUUUCGGUUGUGAAAUUGCAACGGUGGUGGAAGGGUCUCUUGUUGCUUAAACUAAAGAAUAAAUCAGCCAUCAUUAUUCAGUCAUGUACACGUGGGUGGAUAGCUAGGCGAAAGGCUACUGUUUUCAGACACCAUGUUGUUAUCCAAGAAGAUGCUGCAUUGGUGAUUCAACGCUAUAUUAGGGGGCAUUUAAUUCGAAAUCGGAAUUUAGGUGGUGCUUCUAACCUAAGUGAAGUCGUUCCUGCUGACUACAUUUCAAGACCUUUUGGCUGUCGUAGUUUUCAACUGGAACUAUUUUUGCUUUCAGUUGUGAAAUUGCAACGAUGGUGGAAGGGUCUCUUGUUACAGAAAUUGAUGACAAAGUCUGCCAUUGUUAUUCAGUCUUGUACUCGUGGGUGGAUAGCCAGGCGAAAGGCAACUGUUCAGAAACAUCGUAUUAUUGUCAUCCAAUCCUACUGGAAAGGUUACCUUGCACGUAAAGAGCCAAAGGAACAGUUAUUGGAUUUGCGCUUGAGAAUGCAAAAGUCUGCCAGAAAUGUGGAUGACAGCAAGCGUCUCAUAAACCGACUCUUGGCAGCGCUUUCAGAGCUACUUAAUAUGAAGAGUCUUAGUAACAUCCUUCAUACUUGUUCAACAUUGGACAUGGCUACAGGACAUUCUCAGAAAUGUUGUGAAGAACUUGUGGCUGCAGGGGCUAUCGACACCUUGUUGCAGCUAAUUCAAACAAUCAGCCGGAGUAUACCUGAUCAGGAGGUUCUAAAGCAUGCUUUGUCAACUCUCCGAAAUCUCGCCCGCUAUCCUCAUCUACUACAAGUAUUGAUCCAAAGUCGUAGUUCUGUACAGAUAAUUGUCUUGGAGUUAUUGAGGAAUAAAAACGAGGGCUACUUCGUUGCUUCUGAACUUUUGAAGAAGAUAUGUUCAACUCGUAUAGGCAUUGAGAGGAUAUUCAAGUCCCCUGCCCUGCUAAAACGAUUGCACGGUCUUGUUGAGGACCUUACACGGAAGGGAAUUUACGAGAAAAGAAAUCCUAGGGCUCCUAGCCUGGCUAUCAGAAAAGACAGAGAGAGAAGAUUGAAGGAGGCUGCUGAGAUUCUGAAGCUGAUAACAACGCCUGAUUUUUUUUCAUCAAGUUCUGAUGUGAAAUUGUAGAAUAUAUGCUAGGAUGUCAAAGUUUGUACGAUUCUAAUUUACAUUAUGUCCUCAACUCGUGGAUUUGGAAUGAGCUUUUUUUCUGUUUUAUGAUUAAGCCUUUGUAACUUGAUACUCAUUUUAUCAUUUCGUUUGAAAGUGUACCUGCAAAAUGGUAGAUAGGUAACUUUCUUUCAAAUUCUCCUA